AAGAAGAUGUGCUCAGCAGCGCAGGCCUGCUGGAGCUGCAGUGCUGAAGAAAAGAACGAUGUCUUGUUGCAAGCCGUCUCCUGCUCCUGCUGUCCACUUUCCUUCAGAACUCAAAUUAACUUGCACAAACACAUCAGGAUAUGGUGUUGAGAAGAAUUCAAUGCUGAAAUCAGGAGAGAUUAAAACUGAGGAUAUGGCAUCCAGAAUAAGCUCCAUUACCGAGCAAAUGUCCUCUGGUGUUUUCCACGCUGAUAUGCUUCAGAGACAAAUGCAGUCGAAUACAGGCAAGGAGAGAACUCACCGCUGUUCAGAGUGUGGAAAGAGUUUUACUUUACAGUAUAAUCUCCAAAGACACAAGCGUAUUCACUCAGAGAAACCGUACUACUGCUCGGUAUGUGGGAAAAAUUUUACUCUUCAGAAUAGUCUCCAUAUACACCAGCGCAUUCACACAGGAGAGAGACCAUAUGACUGUCCAGUGUGCGGGAAAUGUUUUAAUCAACACACUAGUCUUCGCAUCCAUCAGCGCAUUCACACAGGAGAGAGGCCGUAUUCCUGCUCAGCAUGUGGGAAAUGUUUUAAUCAGCGGACGAGUCUUCGGAUACACCGGCGCAUUCACACAAGAGAGAAGCCGUAUGACUGCACAACAUGUGGAAAGAGUUUUAGUCAACAGGGUCAUCUCCGGCUACACCAACGGAUUCACACAGGAGAGAAACCAUAUCACUGCCCAGAGUGUGGAAGGAGCUUUAACCAGCAGAGUCACCUCCAUGUACACCUGCAAAUUCACAUAGGAGAAAAACAGUAUCACUGUUCAGAGUGCGGGAAGAACUUUAACCGACAGACUAAUCUCCGAAGACACCAGCGCAUUCACACAGGAGAGAUGCCGUAUUACUGCUCCGAAUGUGGGCGCAGUUUCAGGCAUUCAAGUACUUUAAAGUCACACAAAUGUGUUAAGAAGAAGGAAGAAACUUGUGAUGUGUGUUUGUCACCAUAAUUUUUCUCUAUUAUUUUCUUUAGGUUAACAAGAAUCAUCUGUUUUUCAUAGUUAUUUUGUUAAACAUCUUCUAAUGAAGGUAGUUGUUAACAAGAGGUCCUGACUUUCUCUACACACUUAAAAGAUGGUUCUUCAAGGGUUAUCUAGUAAAGAGAAGGGUUGGGUUUAGAACCAGGAGUUCUAUAUAGAACCAAUUCAUGCAUAAAUGGUUCUUUGUAUGGUGAAAUGGUUCUUCAGAGUGAUGGAGAAUGUGUUGUAAUUGGUUCUAUAUGGAA